AUGCUGCUGGGCUUGCGCUUCCUCAACAGCAGCCUUUUGCCCGCGGGCCCCUCUGUGGGCGCCACGCAGGGCGCCUGCGGCGCGCUCUUCACCGAGCUUUGGUCGGAUGCGGCGAGUGGCUUUCCAGUGCCGGUGAGUUGUUGGAUGAGCGACCUGGGCGCGAACGGCGAGCCACAUCAGCGGGAGCUCUUCAUCCUCUUUGAGCGCAUGAGUGGCUUGCGGAAUCAAUGCCCCGGUAGCUCCUGCACCUACCAGCUGGUCUUGGAUGCGGUGGCCACUGACCUCACGAUCGGGCAAGAGGUGCUCGACAUCGAUGCGGCCUGCUCCUUCGCCCAUGGUGGCUGCGACAGGCGCUACCAGAUCUAUGAGCGCGCCUCCGUGGUCUCCGAGCAGCGCACUGAGCCGGGCAGUGGCGGCGGCUUCUCCGUGGCGCUGCGCGAGGCAGGCAGCGACGGGGUGCUUCUAUGGACGCAAGUCUUAGGGCUCCGGCUCACCACGACUUCGCCCAUCCAAGCAGGGCAAACGCUUCGCCUUUUCAUGGCGCCCUUCACACAGUGGAGUGUCCGAGGUGGCUGCGCCGCGAGCUGCGCCGCGCCGCCGGGCAGCUGCAGCAGCACGUGCAGCGUGGAACGGAUUUUGCCCCGGACCUUCGAGAGCGAGCUGGAGCGCUAUGCCAUCCUCAAGUUGCAGCUGCCCACGGUGGAUCUUGCAGCCGCUGCCCACCUCCUCACGGUGACUGGCCUGCCGAUGCCCGUGGGUGUGCUGUUCCCGGCGCUGCUCCACGCAGAGGUCACCACGGUCUUCGACACUGAGCCAGAGUACCUCGCUGCUGGCUACUUCGCCUCGGGUGUCGCAACGACGCCGGGCAGUGCGGCCGCCGUCGCCGGCGGUGUGGCGCGCAUGGUGAGGAGCGGGCGGCAGGGCUUUGGGCCCAUGCCCUUUGUGGGGAAGAGGAAUUGGCUGUAUGCUCAGAUCCAGCCUCCAGCUACGACAGGGGCCACGUCAACCCUUGAGAUCUUCCCUCCGCAAGGCCUGGCCUGUGAUUUGCUGGGUCCUUUACCGGCCAGCGUGGUGCCCUCCUCCGGCGCCGCGCUGCUGCGCGGAGAGGGUGCGGCGGUGUUCGAUGGGCAGUUGGAGACCUUGCUUCGGCUGGACCGAGACUUGGAUGGCUUCCCGGACGUGCUCCGCGGCGCGCUCCAGGGCGAAGGUCUGGGAGCCUUGGGCACCAGCAGCUGCUUCUAUUCGCUUGGUGAAAUCCGGCUGCAUCUGUUUCAGCCGAUUUUCCUCGCGCUGGAGCUCCUGAACCCCUCGCAGCCCUUGGCUCUUGCUGCCUGGACCGUGCGCCUGAGCAGCCGGGGCGAACGAGACAAUGGAGAGCUAUACUCGGUGGACUGGACCUUCAGUGCGUCGGACGAAGACCUCUGGACGGGCGGCGUCGCAGUGUUGGGUUUGUUGGAGGCCACGCUGCAACCCAGCGCCUUUGGGCGUGGGAGCCCCAACAAUUUGAGCAUUCUCUUCAAGCCUUUGCAAGAAGUCCCGCCCAAUGGCAGCCUGGUGCUCGACGGUCCCCUGCACUUCGACCUCACCGGCUGCCGCCACGGUGUGCUACCAGGCGCUCGCCCUUUGCCAGACCCAGGGCCCUGCAGUACCAGCCAAACCCCCCGGCAAAGGACUGCGGGAACUGCACUUAACCGUGCCGAGUUGAAGCUGGGCGGAUGGCUCCGGGGAAAGUGGCGCUAUGGAUUCCAGUUGCUGAUCACCAACCCGACGGGAGAGGUGGGCGACGAGUCCGGCGACGACGGCUACGGCUUCUAUCUAUGGACGACGCACCCCAGCAAGGGACCUUUGGAUGGUUCUGCAGCACCUGUUGGGAUGGUUGAGGGUGAGGUGAGGAGUUGGCAGCUCUCCUCAGAGCUCUGGGAGACCACGGGUGUCUCCUUGCAAGUGGCCAGCGGCUUUUUGAUGAAACCGUUUUCCACCUUUGGCCUGGUCGACACGCUGAAGAUCUCAGACCUCCGCCUCCCUGGCAGUGGCACCUUGCGUCCCGCCGCCGUCCUGCGCCUGCUGGCGCCGCCGCAGGUGCGCUUUCGCGCGGAGGCCACGGAGAUCACGGCAGCUGCGGUGGCGCGGAGGUUGACUCAGCUGCGGGUGAACCCCAAAGUGGUGAGCCCGCGGCAGCUGAGUUGGGACUUGUCUGGUUUGGAGGUGGCUCCAGUCACCUACACCUUCAAGGUGCCCUUCGAAGUGGAGGUCCAGCAGGUGCCGUUCGAGGCCGCUGCCGACUUUGUCCUGGAAAUGAUCGGCGGCGGCGGCCUGGCGGGCGCGAAGCGCUUCGCGGCGCCCAUUCUCAGGAGCUUGGUGGGCGCCUCGAUGAGGUGCAACUCUCAACACGUGGGCGCUUUCACAGAGCUGCGCUUUCACAUUCCGCUGGGCGCACCUCUGCCGAAGGAGAGCAUGUUGCUCCUCCAGGCAGAUGUGUCCACUCCAGGACUCACCCUUCAUUGCCCCAUGCAGGCGGAAGAGGCGCCUGGCUGGGUCCCUGACAGCGUGGCCUGCGCCAUCGUCUCCGUUUCAGCAUCGUUCGCCUGGCAGCUGACGUCCAGCGUUGGCUGGGCUGCCGGGUUCUAUGUGCUGCGGGGCCAAGCAUCCCACGUGGCGGGAAUCAGUUGGACCAUCUCCAGUUACAGCCCUGAAGGACGGAGGAUCCCUUGGAUGCGCCGGGCACAGCGGGAUGCCCGCAGAGUGAACUUUUGCCGUCCUCCUUGGAUUUCUCCACGGCGAGCCACAAGCCCCGACAGCCCACAGAGGUCUUCUUCACCUUAG